AUGGGUAAAAACGCCAUUGCUGCCAAAGUAUUGCAUGUGGACUGUGCCAAAUCGAGACAAUUAUUGGAGAAGUGGUUUGCUAAUUUUAAUCAUGCCCAUACUGGCACUGACGAUGCUGAACGCUCUGGAAGUUCAAUUGAGGUGACUACACUGGAAAAGUAUCAAAAGAGUCCAUCGAAACGUUUUGGAAAACCGAAAAAUAUGCCACACCAUAUCCAUUUGGCUGACAGUCACCUUGGCGUUUGGAGGUACAUUGCCAUCGCUCAUCCACAAAAGAACUCCAGAUGGUGCAGAAUGGAGACGACCAUAAUUGCCAUAGCAAUGGCAUACGUUUCGUGUCCUUUGAUCUGCAUACCUUUGUAUUUGGCGUUCAGCAUUAAAGAAAAACGUGAGGUCUUGACACUAUCAGGAUAUCCCAUCAACAACAACACGCCUUUGGAAGACAGGAAAAACGCAACCAUUUAUUUAGUCGACAAAAGUGAACUAGGUCGUGCAAAUGGCGAAAUGUUACUGAACGUCAAUUUCUGGAUCUACAGUGUCGUCAUCAAGAUCAUCCCUUGCAUUGCCUUAACAGUUUUGAGCCUUAGACUGAUCAUGGCCUUGCUGGAGACCAAAAAAAGACGUAGGAAACUGAUGCAAACAUCAAAUCCCAACGUUCUGGAGGCAAAACAGGCCCUAAAUCCAAAAUCUAGUACGAAGCACUCGGACACCAAGGAGAGACAGACUGAUCGAACGACUAGGAUGUUGCUGGCGGUUCUUCUGCUGUUUCUGAUCACAGAAUUCCCUCAAGGGAUUCUGGGACUCCUGAGCGCCCUUUUGGGAAACGCGUUUUUCUCCGAGUGCUACUUGAAACUAGGUACACAAUUUGUAUAUAACGAAGACUUUGCAAAAAAAUUCAUCAUCAACAAAAAAAAGAACCUUUUCCUAACUAAAUUUGGUGAAAGCCAGUUUUCAAAUCCAAUUUUGGAGUACACCAAGUUCUAA